AAAUUAUUAAUUUUAUAAUUAGUGCCAGUAAUUGGUAUCUUUAAAGUCAUCCGCAUGGACGCAUGGACAGUGCCAUUAUCCUUGUUAGUGGCGACCCUACGUUAUCAGAGCGACUCAUUACCCCCUAGUCAGUAGGCACGGAUACUUAUUAUCAUGUGGGGUGGACGAGCGCGACCUUCCACCUCGGUCACCCGCGAUGCCCACGUCCCCCGUCUGCCGCUGAUAACACCAUAUAUAAAUGAACGACACUUAUCGCCUCGCAUGUACUAGCUCAGUUAACGCUCAUCAAGCUAUCAGUGCGCUCGUAUUCUUAACAUAUUAUUCUUCAACUAAGUUUUCCCGCGUAAUCUUGUUGCUGUUCAGUUAUCUCAGUCCUCAUGGCUAAGUUCGUUGACCGUGAUUUUCUUUCUCCCUACUAAGUUCUCUCUGUGUGACUCUAAGUGGACUCUAUAAAAGUGCUACAAAACCCCUGUGAACGUCGUUUUUGCAGGAUCAAAGUUUCUUUUAAAAUUUACAGUGGCAUUAGCAUACAUGCAUUACUCGAGCGCUGUAUUGCAAAAAAUGACCAUUGCUUUGAAAUACCGCAUCAACCCUAUCUACUAUUCAGACUAUUCGGAUACGAUCUAGGAUCAUACCAAAAGCUAUUUAAGUUUAAAAGUUCUUUGUGCCAUUGGCUAUUUCAAUUUGAAUACUACAAGUUCGGAAUCUACUCUAAAGACAUCACCUGACAAAGGAUCAGUUUCCAUCUAAAAAGAAGGAAUUGAAUAUAUACCAGAAUGGAUAUUGUGGCAAACUACCACCCGGUGUUCAAAGCAUUUCUCGCGGGCUCUUUCUCCGGAACAUUCAGCACUAUACUGUUCCAGCCGCUUGACUUAGUGAAGACCCGCCUGCAGAACCCGAGCCAACAUGUUGUUGCGGCGACUGUCAACAGCCGAAUCCAACCCGGGAUGAUGACAAUCUUCUCGAACAUCAUCAGACAGGAUCAAAUAGUGGGUCUGUGGAGGGGCAUGGUGCCAUCCAUCGCACGCUGCGUGCCAGGGGUCGGCAUCUACUUCUCAUCCCUGCAAUGGUUGAAAUCCAAGAUGGGGAAGACGAAUGGCGACCUCGGAGCCUUGGAAGCCGUCACGCUGGGAGUCGUAGCUAGGACCAUGAGCGGUGUGGCUCUGAUACCCAUUACUGUGAUAAAGACUAGAUACGAGUCUGGAGUGUACAAAUACAACAGUCUGGGUGGUGCAUUGAAGGCCAUUUACAAAGCGGAGGGAAUCCGCGGCUUGUCGUGUGGGUUAGGACCAACCUUAGCUAGAGACGCGCCUUUCUCUGGACUGUACCUCAUGUUCUACUCGCAAACCAAACAAGCUGUGCCUAAAGAAUGGAUGCAGUCUCCCAGUGCAGCGAGUGUGGUACACUUCAGCUGCGGGAUCGUGGCAGGAAUAGCGGCGUCCCUCGCCACCAACCCGGCCGAUGUGCUGAAAACUAAGAUGCAGCUGUACCCGCACAAGUUCCCGAAUGCGUUCAGUGCAGCCGUACACAUACAACAGACAUACGGCAUAAAGGGUUACUUCAAAGGUGCGGUACCGAGAAUGCUGCGACGCACAUUAAUGGCGGCAAUGGCAUGGACCGUCUUCGAAGAGAUCACAAGAUCGAUCGGUUUAAAAUGAGAUUAAUUAUUAAUCGUAAUCUCAAUAAUUGUGAUAUUAUUAUUUGGGGAAGCACUGGGGUCCUACCAGCAUAAUGUGCCACUGUUCCAGUUGUGGAACAGAGAUGGCGCUCUACAAGGCGUAGUGUUGUCUCUAUCCCUCAGCUGCUACGGUGUUACGUUGACGUGGUGGUAGGCCCCCUACCAUUAUCUUAUGUUCCUAGAUACUUCAUCUGCCUAUAAUCGAAUAUUGUACGCUUUAAGUUUAUUUAUCAGUUUGUUCUUUGUUCUUAAGUAUUUUUGAUUUGUAAUCGUUUUCAUAUUUACUUUGUUAGACAAUUUUAUUUAGAUAGCACUUUAUUAUGUAGACUAGAGGGAGAUUUUAGACUAUUUUUGAUGUUUUAGUAUUUACAGUACAGCUGUUUUGCAGACCAUUUUUGAUAUUUAUUUUGUUUUGUGCUCUGAUAACUGAUAUAAUAAGAUAAAAUGUACUAAGUCGCGUGUAUGUCAAUUAUAAACUUACACGGACUAAAAUAUUUUCUUAUAACAAAUGUAAAAAUACUGAAUUCCUACGGGUUUAUCGUAGCUUCAUAAAAUAGUCAACGGAUAUAACUUUGUACAGUAAAUUCAACUCAUCUUCACUCGUGUCGUCAUGUGUGUGUACCGGUGUAAAUAUACAGUGAUGUUGUGUACUAAUACAGCUUUCGUGUGCUACUCACACAAAAUAAAGCUUUAAAAAUAAACAGUCGCUGUCAAUCACACGCACACAUAGUGUCGCGAGUAAAUGAGUUGAAGUUAACGGUCAGAUUUUGAAAAACGUACUGUUUAUAACAAUAGACUAAAACCAAUAGAUAUUUUCUAUUAACCAUUAAGUUUUUAUUGUUAGACAUAUCAGUGCCAUUUUUUAUUCUUUGCAUUUGCCGCCUUGUCAAAGUUAUAUCCGCCAUCUUUAAAAUGUGAAAUGUCAAAAUGGUCUGAUAACAUGUAUCUGAUUUAGUUUAUUUAAGUGUACAGUAUACCAAUGUACCUAUAUUGAUUUUAUUUUAAAUAAAUAAAAAAAACUUAUACACAU